AUGUCGUGGCGUGUGGUCGCUGCUCUGCUGCUGCCCUUGGCGGCCGCUGCCGGCGUCGAGGAGGUGACCUCCGAGGCGCAGUUCAAGAAGAUUCUCUCCGACAACCCUGCCGUCGUCGUCGACUUUUACUCGCAGACGUGCGGGCCGUGCAUCAUGAUGGCGCCCAUCUUCAAGCAGCUUGCGCGCGAGUACGAGGGCCGCCUCAAGCUCAUCAAGGUGGACGUGCAGCGCUCGGUUGGCCGGGUGGAACAACUUCCUCCUUAA